AUGGCUGAUGAAAAUCCAGAUGACAAUAAUUUUGAAUUUAUCAAAUUCCUCCCUGAAGGUGAUCAAAAGACCAAGUCUUCUAGAGAUUAUACAGGUCGAGGAUAAGCCAAAUAUGCCAAUAAUGAAAUCUAUGAAGGUGAAUACGUCGAUGGAAAAAGAAAUGGUAAAGGCAAAUAUAAUUAUGCCAAUGGUGACCUUUACUUUGGUGAUUUCAUCAAUAAUGCUAAACAUGGAAUUGGCAAAUUAACAUACAAAGAGAAGGGAGAAUAUUUCGGCUAAUGGGAAAAUGGUAAGCGACAUGGAGAAGGCAAUUUCACCUAUCCAAACAAAGACUAAUAUAGUGGAUGGUGGGCAUUUGGUAAAAAAGAGGGUAAUGGAACAUAUAUUUACAAUGAUACUGGGAUGAGAUUAGUUGGUUUAUGGAAGGAAAACAAAUUUGUCUCUGGAAGAUGGAUUCUACCUAAUGGAACCUAUUAUGAAGGAGAAUUUGAUAAUAAUAAACCGAACAAAGUUGGUGUCUGGUAAUUCAAGAAUGGUAAUCAAGUAUAAGGAACAUAUAAUCAAAAAAUAAUUCCAAAUGAAGAUUCUGAAGAUAAGAAACUUAAUAUAGAAAUGAAAUGGGCAUCUAAUGGAUAUUUAUAUUAAAAUGCAGAUUUAGUAAAUGCACAUGAAAAGUUCUGA